AUGUCCACAACAAAGCAAGAGAUCCAAAGCCAAAUGGAGCAUGCAGACAAUUUGUUCGAGGAGAUGAACAGGAAGAUGGAGACUCUCAAGGGAAAGCUUCUGAACCUGUCCAAAAUGGUAGACAGCAUUAACAAGAAGAUCGAGGACAUGUCUAUGGACAAAAUGGCCUAG